AUGCCACACUUUUUUGGAUUUCCUCCUUUUCGGCGGGACGCGUCGGAAAAGGCGAACGCUGAGCGCUCUGCUGCGUCGCAAAACACUCAUGUCGCGAAACCCUCAACGAGCCACUCCACGGUCGCUCUCGCUGGCGCUGGCGCUGGCGAGAGUGCGCCGAAUGUCGAUCCUUAUACGGGCUUGACCGUCCGCCAUCUCAAGGGGCGCUAUAAGCUGCAAGACUUUUCUAUUCUUCGCACACUCGGCACGGGCUCAUUCGGACGCGUCCAUCUCGUGCGAUCCGUCCACAACCAGCGAUUCUACGCCAUCAAAGUGCUACGCAAGCAGCACGUCGUCAAAAUGAAGCAGGUAGAGCACGUGAACAACGAGCACCUCGUCCUGUCCAUGAUUCGGCACCCGUUCUUGGUGAAUCUGUGGGGCACGUUCCAGGACCCCACGUUCUUGUACCUCGUCAUGGACUUUGUGCCUGGCGGCGAGCUGUUUAGUCUGCUACGCCAGAGCCGUCGCUUCCCUCCAAAGGUCGCCAAAUUUUACAUCUCCGAAGUCGCUCUGGCCAUCGACUUUCUGCACAUGCACAAUAUUAUUUACCGUGACCUCAAACCUGAGAAUAUUCUGAUCGGCGCCGAUGGCCACCUGAAACUCAUCGACUUUGGCUUCGCCAAAGUCACGGCCCAGACCAACGGCAUGUGCUGGACGCUGUGUGGCACGCCCGAUUAUCUCGCCCCGGAGGUGAUCCGUGCCAAGGGCUACAACGCCAGUGUCGACUGGUGGUCCGUCGGCGUGCUCCUCUUUGAAAUGCUGGCCGGCUACCCGCCAUUUUAUACCGAGGAUGGCAAUCCUAUCAAACUAUACGAAAAGAUUAUUGCAGGUCAUGUCAACUAUCCGUCGUUUUUCGAGCCGGGCGCCAAGGAUCUGCUCCAGUCGCUGCUCACUGCCGACCUGUCCAAGCGCUUUGGUAAUUUGCACCGCGGCAGUCGCGACAUCUUCGCCCACAUGUGGUUUGCCGAGAUCGACUGGGAAUGCCUGUACCGGAAAGAAAUUCCCGCGCCCUACAUCCCCAACAUCAACAUGGAUGGCGACGCCAGUAAGUUUGAGCGGUACCCGGAGAACGACUUGUCCGAGUACGAGCGCCCCGAUGCGCCGGACGAGUACCCUCAUUUGUUCCCCGACUUUUAG